UUACGGUUAGGACGGAGUCGCUAAAAACCGCAAUUUGAAUACUCAGUCGCACAGACUGGAUGCAGGAGGAAUAGCAGUUUUGCAGGGGUAAAGCCCCUGGUUGUUGGUUGAGGAUGAGCAUGGAAGACUAUGAUUACCUGUUUAAAAUCGUACUGAUAGGAAAUGCUGGCGUGGGCAAGACGUGCCUGGUCAGACGCUUUACUCAGGGCCUUUUCCCACCUGGACAAGGGGCCACCAUAGGAGUUGAUUUCAUGAUCAAAACUGUGGAAAUAAAAGGAGAAAAAGUUAAGCUUCAAAUCUGGGACACAGCAGGGCAGGAGAGAUUUCGCUCCAUCACUCAGAGCUACUACCGCAGUGCUAACGCCCUCAUUCUCACCUACGACAUCACCUGUGAAGACUCUUUCCGCUGUCUUCCAGAGUGGCUCAGAGAGAUCGAACAGUAUGCCAACAACCAAGUCGUGACAAUCUUAGUUGGGAAUAAGAUUGACCUGGCUGAGAAAAGGGAGGUUCUCAGACAGAGAGCGGAGGAGUUUGCUGAGGCGCAAAGCAUGCUCUAUUUGGAGACCUCUGCCAAAGAAUCUGACAAUGUGGAGAAACUCUUUCUUGACUUGGCCUGCGAACUUAUCCGCGAGGCCAAGCAAAACACGCUGGACAACAACGACACGGCUCCGAUGCCCGGGGAAGGCAAGACCAUCAGUUACCUGAGCUGCUGCAGCAGCCUCAACUAGCAUGCCUGCCUGACCAAAGGGCUAAGGCCGUUAGCCCGUCAGCAGGGCGAGAAUAUGAAGUGGAUGUGCUUUUCUGAGGUCCUCUGCUUGUUGUGAUGGUCUGUCGUGCUGCCGGUGUUAAGGUCCACUUCAUAAAACCCCCUUAGUGAACUGUGUGGGGGGGGUGUUUUUAAAGCCUGACUCUUAUGUCCACCCAAAAGAAAGAAUGUCAAGGGGAAACAAUUCAUGCUGCUGCCAGUAGGAGGUGACUCAAGUUCCUAAAAUGCAUUGGGAUGAAUAUGCCUUGUUACAACUUAAUACUUGUUCUUUUUGUUUUGGUUUGUAAUAUUUCGGCAUACUGAGAGAGAGAGAGAAAUGAUAGAGGUUGUACGG